AUGAGUAAUUAUCGAGAUUCGACUAUCUGUUGUUGAAUUUUCUUAAUAUUUCGUAAAUAUUACUAAGUUAUGCCUUAUUGUUGCGUUAUUACCUGUAAAAAUCAUAGUGGAAAGACGAACGUCGCUAACUCUGGCAUUUCGUACCACAGAUUUCCUGCAGACCCUGACAUUAAAGAAAAGUGGAUUCAAGUAACAGGACGUGCCGACACGGACUGGCUGCCGCAAAAAACAAGCACCAUUUGUUCAAGACAUUUUGAUGAAGAUGUCAUAUAUACUUUAGGGAAGAGUCGGCGAGUACCAGAUGAUGCGGUGCCUACGCUGAACUUGCCAACAACGGGGAGUGAAAGUGGUGAAGAUAAAAUGCAACAAGAAGAAGAAUUAGCAAGUGACGACGAACCAAUCGAAAAAUAUAAAGUAUCUAAGAAAAAACUGCAAGCAUCACUUGAUAGAGCCAAUAAAUUAAUAAAAAAACAAACUUUACUUAUAAAACGACUGCGCGAACAAAACAGGCGUGAUUCGAAAAAGAUCACAUUGCAAAAUAGAGUUUUAAACGAUUUGAUGGAGAUCUAUCAAUUAAGAAACGAAGAUAUUGCCGUUUUAAGGACAGAAAUAUUGAAAUCUGAAGAACCAGAUUCGCUAUGAUCACAGACUGAAUAACAAUCUAAGAUUUUUUCGAAAGUAUCGAAGUUUUUUAAGUUUUAUGUAUAAUGGUAUGGUAUUUAGUGGUUGUAAUGGUGUGAGUUAGCUAUUUUAGCAAGAAAUCCGCCUGUUUUACCUUUAUUUUAUGUUAUAUGUUUGUGUUGUGUGUUCCUUUUCUGCAAUAAAUUAUUGUAUAUCGAUAUC